GUAACUUAUGCUAGUUUCAGCAUUUUAAUAUUUUCAUUUCGGCUUGGGAUGAAACUAAGAUUUCCCAUUCAUCAAUAUUCACUGUGAAUUAAUCCUCUGCAUCGUUUGUUUCCAGAAUUUACGAUCUGGUAUUUUUCGUUGAGGCAAUAUGAUCACUAUGUUCUUGUGAUCUUCAUCGUCUUCCAGGUUCUAAAGGUUUGUUGACUGAUGGAGAGGAACUCUUUUGUUUAACUUUUUUUUGAAAAAAUCCGAAAAUUUGUAAUUUAAAAGGAAACACUAAAACCAGUUAUGGAAGGGGAACGACCAAAUAUAAAAAAAUGGAUUGUGUUUUAUCCUAUAUAUAUAAACUCCAAGAAGACAUUGCCAGAGGGUCGACGCAUUAGUGCAAGUAAAGCCUGCGAGAACCCAACUUGUAUUGAAAUUGCAGAUUCUUGCACCUAUCUGAAACUUACUUGUAUUAUAGAGGCUGACAAGGCAUAUCCUAGAGAUUUUAUGCAAAGGGGUAGAGUUAGAGUUCAACUGAAAAGGGAGGAUGGAACGGUAAUAAAUCCAUCAAUACCUUCAAGGAAGGAAUUGAUGCUGCGUGUAGCUGAGUUGGUUCCUCGACAUCAUGGUAGGACAAAGAAGCAAGAGCAGGUGCCUGCAGGGACUACCUCAAAUGCAGGAUCUGGGAAGCCAGGGAAGGGUGGAAGAAAGAAAAAAUAGAAUAUGCAGGAAAUUUUGAAUCGACACUUUUCAUCCUCAAUGUAUGUGGAAUGUUUCAAUGAGACUUUGAUGGUGGUCUUUUGCAAACUUAAAUUGUUUCAAUCUGAGUUGAUGCAAUUGAGCACUUCCCGUAGUCGAUAUCAGCAGAUUUUGCCCUCUUAAUCAUAUGUUUUCCCUCGUCUGCGACAGGGCUUGUGGAUGUUUUUUCCCCUUGCAUACUGAAUAACAUCAAAAUUUUGUUGUUC